AAUCACAAAUGCACCUCCUUAAACGCGUCGACAACAACUAUUUAUGCCGUAACCCUUCAUAAAAAUAGCUAUUCUUUAAAGUGGUUUUUUUAAACAGCUACGUUUACUGUAUACUCGUCAAGCUGGUGCAGAUAUUUAACUCGCACAACUAAUUUCCAACUGUCUAGAGUCACGGUUGAAAACGACUCAUUAACUAAGCAUGGCGUCUCGGGGGAAAUCAGAAACUGGGAAAUUGAGGCAAAAUAUGGAAGGGCAGCUCGACAGACUGAUGCAGCAGCUUCAAGAUCUGGAAGAAUGCAGAGAGGAAUUGGACGACGAAGAGUAUGAAGAGACAAAAAAAGAAACCUUGGAACAAUUGAGUGAAUUCAAUGACUCCCUGAAGAAGAUCAUGACAGGAGACAUGACGCUCGUGGAUGAACUCAGUGGGAUGCAGCUGGCAACUCAGGCGGCCAUCAGCCAAGCUUUCAAAACGCCAGAGGUGAUCCGCCUUUUUGCUAAGAAGCAGCCGGGUCAACUGAGAACCAGACUAGCAGAGAUGGACCGGGAUGUUAUAGUGGGAAAACUGUCGCGGGAUGUGUACAUGCAGCAGAAAAUGGAAAUCCUCACAGCCUUGAGAAAACUUGGAGAGACGCUCACUUCAGAGGAUGAGACUUUUCUCACUGAAAAUGCUACAGCUACUCUGAGCCAGUUUGAAAAAGUGACCGCAAACUUAGGCUCUGAAGACAAAAUUCUGGCUUUAGCUAGCUCUGGUGUGAAAACCAAUGUAUAGCAAUCCUACAAUCCUACACACUGUUCAUUUUAAUUCUUUAAAAUACGUCUUUAUUAUUACCAACAAAGAAAUGUGCUAAUUGAUCAUUGCUUUUGUAAAUAAUCAAUGUAGAUGCAAACUCGUUUUAAAGUUUCUUUUUUAUAGACCUCAGCUUUUGUAAAUGUUAUUUGUCCUGGGGCUUGUGAAAUUGUAUUAUAGGUGUGUGCAUGUGGAUUUGCGAAGUUGAAUGUACACAAAUGUAUGUUUUACAUACUUUUGGAAAGGAAUGACUAAACAGAACUAUAGCCCGUCCUUCAGAUUGAAAAACGAUAUAUUCUUUGUAAGUCUUCAUGGAAACGGAAAACAAUUUGAUCAGAUUUGUUUUUCUCCUAAAUUUGCCAGCAUUCUGAUUAGAAAUCCACUGGGUGGAUUAUUUGCCAUCUGUCACACAUUGUGAAGGCUCUCGUACACAUUUCAGCAUGAGAAUGAUUUCAGUUUAAAUGAAUAGUCUGCAUGGACGUUUAACCACAAGUCACUUCGCAUCACCACACGCAGCCUGUGCUGUUGGCCACGAGGUCUUCACUCUGGAAAACAAUAAUGGCCUCGCGGUUGCAAACUAAAUACGUAUCAGAGCAGCCGUUCAACCACCAGGAAGGAGCAGUUGAGCUUUGGAGCCAUGUUGAUCUAAAUGUGAAUUAAAAAAAGCAUCACUGUG